AUGUGCCCUACAUAUGUUGUACUUGUAAACGUAAAAGACCUGGUGUUGGUCUCUCCCUCCCUCCCAGCCACCCCACGAACGACACCGCCAGAAACUGUUCAUGGCCCUCCCACUCCUCCCAUGGCCGUGUUCGAGUCGGUCAGGAAGCGCAACAGUGGACUGGAUGUUCCGCGUGUGGGCGUUUCUGUACUCCGUGGUCGUCUUUGGCGGGCUCCGGAUCCCUUCCAGACCCAUCGGCCGGGGCCAAACCAGGCCCACCUUCCGGCACACCGCCUCGAGAGUUUAGUAAUGUAG